GUGGGGCCAGACCCUUGCUGGGGGACUCUGGGGGAGGGUGUGAGGGUGCGUGCAGACCUGGGGAGUCCUUCUGCUUUCUGCAGAGUGGAAACAAUGCCCAGCGAAGGACGGUGGCUGGCCCAAGGCCACACAGCAAAAUGUACCCUGAGGUUAGUUCUUCUGUUCCAGCAGGUGCUGUUCUAGGGACUUCUGAGGGAAAAAAGAACGUUCUUGACUGAGCUUGCAGAGAUACGUCUAAAGCAGGGGCCUGCCAGUGUGCCUUGGGCUUGCGGGCAGGGAGAAGCUUCACCUGCUCUCGAGAUCAUUCCUAGCCUCGGUCUGGUGGAGGCCUCUUUUCCCUGCAACCAGCUGACCCUUGGUGGAUCAGAGGGAUUGUAAAAGGAUCUGGUAGCUGGUUUUGCUGUGUGUUCCAGGGAGGGUGGCUUGAUGUCUUCAAGCCCUUUAGAAUCUCUCGCUUCCAAGAAAACUACUAAGAUGCUAGUUAUAGCCUCACGUGCCUUUUUAUUAAAGUGCUUCCCCCAAGGACUGGAGUCUGGGCCAGCUUUGCUGGUCUGAUAGGGUCCCCAGACUCAUGUGACAGCCUUGAAAUACUGUCCGGACUAGCAGGAUUGAGACUUCUCCCGCUUCAGAUUGCCCAGGGAGCCAUGAGCACACGGGGUCCCAGCCCCCUCACCUUCCUCACCGCCCCUGUCACUGCCGGCAGUCCCACAGAGGCAGCUGACCCCCUCCCGGCGCUACUCGCCCUGGCCUGCAUCUUCCUUCUGCUGGCCAGCUGUCUGCUCUUCAUGACCCUCUGCAAACCGGCCGCUCUGGACCCGAGCCGCAGGGCUCGGGAGUGCCUGCCCCACCACCCCGGGAGCCCCAGCGAGCCCCAGCUCAGGCUCUGGAAGCGCCUGGGCUCUCUGCGCCGCUCCCUGCACAGCUUCCGCAGAGGCAGGCCUGCUCCCAGACGCCCCCUGCCGGGCUGCGAGGACAACCUCGACUGUGACUGCACGGAAUCUACCAAGAUGUGAUGGGGCGUCCCCGCCACCCAGGACCCACCAGAGGAUCCUCCUGCCGCGGACACAGCCUGGAACCAGGGACUGCAGAAGGACCUGGGCCACACGCUCAGCCACAGUGGUCCCCUGUGCGUCCAGGCCUGUGGCCUUUCCCAGAGGCAGCCCCUGGAGGAAAGCCUUCCUCUCUGCCGACUCUGCAGCUGCUGCCUGCUGAAAGACUGCUGGGCCAACAGCGGGGUACCUGCAGCCAUCUGACCCUCGGCUCCGGGCUCCAGAGGGUACAACCCGGGACCCCCAGCACUCUUCUCUGGCAACCAGGCACCAACCACCUCCAGGAAGCAGUGCCCCUGCUUCCCAACAGAAGUCCUGCCCACCUUCCAGGUGCCACAGUCCAGCACGGAUUCCAGUUUGAGUUGCCGAAUGGCCAAAGGUUCCCUCCAGCCAAACGAAAUACUCCGUCCACACGGGGGGCAAGGAACUGUCUUGCCCUCUGUGCCAACUCAGUGCCAGAGGCAAGAGGCAAGCCAGCGACUUCUCGCCUUGAAAUCUUGGGACCUACCAGCAUUCACCUAAUAAUCCCUGGGAGCAGCCAGCACCCUUGUGGGUCAGAUGCCCGCGUGCCUGCUGGGAGGAGGGCGAACAGGAGGCUCUCAACCCUGCCUAGCCAGUCACCCUCCUGGCAGCCAUCUUGGUGGCCCCCCUUCAAGGCGCCUAUGUCACAAUGGACCAGGAAGGGGCUGAGAAUGGGUUAAAGAGCUCCUUGUGAGGCCAAGGAGCUGUGCUGUGUCAAAGCGGUGGGAGGCAUUGCCAGAAGCCAGAGGUGAUGCCACCUGGGCUCCGAGGACACAUCACAGCGUUCCUGCCUCGCCCAGGGCAGGAGGCCUCCUCCUUUUCGGGUAGGAGGGUCCAGACCUCUCCGGGACAGCUGUGGGACCUCAGGUCUGGACCACACUAGGGAUGCUAUCUGAGUUUUUGGCAAUUGUGCCAUUGACUGGCUACCUGUCAAAGCAAUCCUACCCUAGAGUGGGCUUCUCGGAAUUCCAAACCCCCAACUCUCCCCACAGGGUGCGGCUAUGCACUCGGGGUCCCAAAUCUGGAGGGUGGACGGACGGGGUAUGAGCUGCCUAGUUCCUGCCACCUGCGUCCUGCUGCAGGGCUGCCGGGACCCACCUUGCUGUGACUCCCAAUGCAGCCAGCCAGGUCUUCUCAGGAAGUGAGCUCCAGCUUUGCCACCCCCCAGCUCCAACACCAUCGCUGGUUUCCAACCGCUAGCUAGAUAAAGCCACGGCUCCUUAGUGUGGUGAUCGGCGUCCCCCGGGAGCUGGCUUCAAACUAGCUUUCUAGCCUCACCUCGACCCGAGACUCCAGACAAACUGAACCACCUGUCCCCAGGCCAUGGCUUACGCUUCCCAAGGCACCCCCUCCGGGAAGCCCUCUUUGCUCUCCAGCGGAAAGCCACUUUCUGCCUAGAACCACUCCUGCUCCUCACAUCUCUCAGAGAAAGGAUCACUUCUUCCUGGCAUUGGGGGCGAUCCACGUCUACGUGUCCUUCCUACAAGCCUGGAAGCUUGCAGAGAGCAAGACCAUGUCCAAACCUU